AUGGGGUCUUGUAUGAGCUUGAUAUGCCAGUGUCACUUGUGUCGCUGCUGUGAAUGUGGCCCAGGCUGUUAUUGUUGUCGCUGUUGUAAGCGGUGGUUUGGCGACUGGUGGAUGUGCAGCGACUGCUGCGAUGAAUUUGAGGAUGAAGAAUAUUCUCCUGUAAAUCCGAAGACGGCUGGCAAAGGACCGCCUGAAGAUGGGGAAGGCAUGUAUAAAUACCCAAAUGGAGACGUUUAUGUGGGCGAAUGGCGGCGAGGAAAAAGACACGGAUAUGGUGAACUCGUCAAAAAAGAUGGCACACAGUAAGUUAAGCUUUUAUCCGACCCUUAUCCAGCCUUUUAAUUUAAGCUCGUUUACUGUUAUCAAGAGAGGAUAUAUCAUAGAUUUCCAUAUCUUGACAGAUGCCGCAAAAUUUUCAUGUUUCCAAUCAGAGCAUCUGAAGAACCUAUCAGAAUUCCCAUCACAUAUGUCCCGCUCAGCCAAGAUAUAAUAAUUAUUAUUUUAAAAAACAACAACUUAAAAAUUUAAAAAAUCGUUGCUCUCCCAGGUUCUGGCGAUUUAACGUCAUUGUUAACCAAAAUUUCUAUCAACCCACUACUUACAGUUUAUCAACUGAGUCUUACAAUCGAAAAACUGAUGGAGUUGCGUCCGAAAGUUUGAAUCUAAAAACCUGUCAACCCUAGCUAAAAAGAAGAAGUAAAUACUUAAAUCGAAAACUUGUACCUAAUAUUCUCUUCAGCGAAAAGUAGUGUGAAAAUUGAAAUAAGUACUGUAUAAAGAAAAACUGAUCAGUAGAAUUUUGAAAUAUUGGGCUCUAGCUGCUUAACACAAAUUUAUUCAGUCGGCAGUUUUAAACAACUAUUUGUAUUGAACACGAGUGUUGAGAUCAGAGGCAACGGAAUUCUAUAUUCCGCCCAUCCUGGUGUUUCUAAAAGGUGUUCAAGCAGUACACUUGCCGUUGUUCAAGAUGUUUCGGACACAAAUUUAAAUCGAGUAAUUAACUGCAUUCGCCCAUCAAAUUCAACGUAUUUCGAAUGAAGUUGUUUUUUCUUUUAUUCGUUGUUUAUGCGUAGAGCAAGCUUUAAUCGCCACGGGGUUACUAAAUGAACCUUCUAUAAAUAAAUGUCUCCAAAACUGCAUUUGAUUUAAAACAUUAACGAUGUGCGGACAUUUUGCUUUGUUCUUUAACUCGAAGAUCGCUUCACUUUACUGGAAUAGUGAAGCCAUAAAGAUGAAAUAGAAAAAAAAGAAACUUACUGGAAGAUAUUAGCGUAUUUUUUCAUAGUUGUUCGGGUGACUGUCUGGCCCUAAAUUUAUUGGGAGCAUGCCCAAAAUAUCAGAUUUACUCCUUUUCAAUUUGAGGAUUUAAAUUAUUUCUUGUUAAGAAAGAAAACACUAAAUUGAAUGAAGCUCACAGAAAAAUGUUUUUGUUGGAGGAACAAGACUUUAUCUAAUCUCGACGGAAAUUGUCGAUUAUUAAUCGACCAAUAUUCAUGUAUUCCCUGGAUAUUCAGAUCACAACGAGAAUUUGCAAUUCAAGUCGUUCAUAUGUAGGUCUCGCUUUACGUAAGCUCCGAACGGUUUUAUAUCUCAUUAAAGCCCAUGAAGAACGCAGAAACUUUUUAAAACUAUUUGUUCGUUCUAAAAGCCACCGUCAUAUAAACAUGAAGUAAAUAACUGAGAAAUUGAUCAACUUCUAGAGCGUUCUAGCCAUACGCAAUUGAAAAGUCCAAGCCCGAGCCUUAGUCAUGUUACAGCAUUAUAAAAAUCGAGAAUUAUCUGAUGGUUUAUUUUAGUUCCUUGAAAGUAACUGUCUCAUAUUUCAGUGGAUAUUAUUUGGCCAAGAUCAAGAGGGAAUGAAAACGUCAACGGAAAGCUUUGGAAAAUAAUGUUGAGUAAUCUAUACGGCAUUGCACCACAGUCUUUCAGCAACUGAGAGUGCCUAAAACUUAAAAAAACUAAAAACACAAAUUCUAUUUUGUAAAAUAAUUGAAGAACUGAAUCUUCGUGCAAAAGCAUUUUCUGCUCCCGCAGCCCCAGCCACCACUUUGUGUUGCCAUAACCAUGGCAACACAGAAUCUUCAUUUAUAUUUUUUAAUUAAAUAGUUGAUUUUUUCUACGGUGACCAAUCUUUGGCUUUUCACUUUUUGAGGUUUGUACAUUUGUCAUGAGGUUGACUCGAUAUUUACAAAACUAAAUAAACAAAGCAUGUGUAAUCGCUAAAAGCAUAUAAGUGGAAUAAAAAAGAAAAGGAUCCUAUUACACGAGGAACGUCAGUUCUUAUUAGUUUUACGGACGCUUUAUGUUCAACAUCAGUUUUACCAACUGUGACAAGCUUUUAUCGUUGUCAUUUCGGUGUCAUGAAAAUCUGUUGGACUCUAUGUAAUCAUGCUGUUGUUCAUCUUCUUAAAGUAAUUAAACAUCUUUGUAGUACGGAAAAAUUAUAAUAUUCUAGAUUUGUUUAGGCCUACCGCUGUGACUACUCCAAUAGUCCUCUUAUUCGUGUAUCUAAAAAAUCACAGAUCAAUACAUUUAUUUUUGAAAUUUGUCUGGAGGAUUCUGAAGUUCAAAAUGUUGAUAUUGACGGAUAUUGAUAAUUCUUGUAUGGUCUUCUGAAAUGAAUUCGAUCAAUUUAAGUUUCCGACGAGCAGUACGUGUACGCCAACCACGCCUUCAUUGAAGACUAUCUUAGUAUUGCAAUUGCCGUCAAGUAAAAACGAAUCACCUCAAUAGCAUGGUGUCGUUUAGGACAAAGGAGAGAUUAUAUUCAUUCAGAGUAAUUUAUUUCGCAACCUUCCCAGACGGACACCUCGCUAAGAUGGUGGACACCUAGAGUUAGUCCCUACCUUUCUUUACUGGCUUAGUUCUCUAUAAGACGGACAUCUCUCUGAGAACGACACAUAGUGCUGUCCCAAAGGUGCACGUUUUAGAGGGAGUUGACUUUACUGCAAUUAAUUGAUUCAGAAGUAGUAUGCCUCUCGCUAUCCACAGAUGCGUGUAGUGCUAUCGUGAUAACUUAUCCUCCUCGGUCUUAGAAAUUGCCCCGACGGUAACGAAAAGAAUAUUAUCUUAAGUUGAAAGACCAGUUUAAUUAGAGAGGGAUUGCGUAGAAAGACCGAAAUAACUGUGUUUAAUGUAUUUAGACAUCACAGUUAAAUGAGUAGUGUUACUGCAUGGUUGGCCUUGGGCGCUCGCAGCUUGCUUUUGAACUCCACGUUAGCAAGAGAGUGACCUUCUUUGUCCGCUCCCCACUCUCCCCACCCUAAGCACAAUUUUCCUGCGCCUACACUUCUUUGUGAUGUUGACUUAUCUUAUUUGCUCAAGCGUUUAGAAUUUUUUCAUAGAUUUUUAAAAUAAGAACCUGUUUCAAAUUUUAGGCCAAACAGGUUCUUUUAUAGAGGGGGCUUAACUGGCAAAUUUCAGCCCAACAGGUUCUUAAAAUUCAGGUUCUUAGUUACGGGGUUUUACUGUACGGUUUUCUUUCCUACCGCAUCCUGUGCCAAGAUUCAGCUGGCGAACACGCGUCCCGACUAGCGGUCAAAUCCUGUAUCCCGUAUCCCGUGAAGAAAAAAGUCCUUCCAGACCCUUAAAGUUCAUUUUAAUACUUUUUAUUCCCUAGGACAGUUGGAUUCUUCUACGAUGACGAAUAUGUUGGUGAAAAACCAGACGAAAGACUCAAGAGAAGCCCUGUGACGUCGCGGCCAUUUAGCAAGAGUCAAUCUAGUUACACUAACGAUACAGAGUAUGUAGCAUCAGUUUUGUUUGGUCACGUUUAGGCAUUUUUGUCAAGUGAUAUACUAAACUCAUCAAUAAGUUUUAAAAGGCUAUUUUGGUUCCCUGGGGAUGAAUUUAUUUAUGAUUUUUUCGAUAUACAAGGAUACUCGUCGACGAGACGCUAGAGCCUUGGUUUUUACUUGCCCGAUUGUGGCGUAUUCGAGAAAGACUGCGCAUGAAUCUUUGUUGAGCAUGUGCCCUUGUUGCUUAAGCUUGUUGCUGGGAUACAGUCUAGAACCCAGGCCGUGAUAGCCGUGCGCUUGGUACAGCGGGCCCAUUAAUGACUAUCGCUUAAUCAAUAAACGGAUACUUGCGCUCAGAAAACCGUGGCCAGCUUGACGACAGAGAACAAGAUUGAAUAGUCCAGAAGUUCGGACUUCGGUGACAUCAAAAGACUUGACGCCAGUCAAGUACAGCAUCGUUUUCACCUCCUCACGCAAGAAGACAGAUUCAGAGUAGUGGCUGUUCCAGGCUCCGAGAUAGUCGAGACCGCGAAAUUGAGAAAGCGCGAAGGCCACCGCCGCUUUUUCCCAGAUUGCGGGCUCAUAUUUUUGGGCGCCUUUCACUUACGCGUCAUCCCUACUAUCUGAGAGCCUGGAAAAGGCUAGAUUCAGAGCUGAUAGGGGUCUCCUUUACCCCUGCCUGCGAGGAAGUUGGUUCGGAGGGUUGAGGGCGGAGGGGGGUCAUGCUUGCAGUUAUCCCGGAGGUUCUCCAAGGUAGGCGGUCAGCGCAAAAACUGAUUGGGCUCGAUAAUUUAAUUUCACAUCUAGGGUGGAAGUGGUAUCAUUUUCUCUCUUAGUGCAACCUUGAUCGUGCAAACGCGUCAUGCGUGAUCGCUGCAGUGAAGCUUCUGACAACGCCAAGCAUUGUAUUUACAAUUGCCUUUUUAUUUUGUUAGGGGUACAAGAAAAGAGGACCAAGCAGCUAUUGAGCUGGCGUGGAAAGAGGAGAAGCAACGCAUCAAGUCAGAAGGAAACGGAGGACAAUCUUACUCCACCAUUGACAAUGGUCACAAUUGACCGGUUCUUAGCUUCUACGUAUGAUAUAAUCCAUAAUACGCCUGAACGAGACAUUUUUACUAAAUCUCCGGGAGAAUACUCAAAUUAAUUUCAUUUGUUAAUGAGUAAGAAUGACCAUUUUACAUUAGUCGGCUUUGUUCGUCUGGUUAGCAAUCUACUGAAGUUUACUUACAGCUGUUCAUAGGCUGUUAAAAGUGGAAAAAUAACGACUGUAAAGGAGGUUUAACAACGUGCUGUAUUGUUUAUAAAUUAACUUAAGAUAUUUUACGCUAAAACUUUUGGGCCAAAGUGCCAGGAUAGUGUCUCUUCUAAGUAUCGGUAUUCUGGCUUUCGCCGUAAUUGUUAGAUCAACGAGCGGGUUUUUCUAGUCGUUGAAACUGUAUUGAGAAAGAAAAGCCGUUUUAUUCCAUUGGAUU